AUGUCCGUGCGCCCCUUCAGCCCCUCCGAGGCGUGGCAGUUCCCCAAGCCGCCCGAGUCGCGAGCGGACGACGCGCUCCCCGCCAGCUACCGCCGCCAGAGUCGCGCCUCGACCCGCGUAGUCAGCCCCGACAGCAUGUUCGAGUCCGGCAUGUCCUCCGAGUACGCGACCGCGCCCGAGAACCCGUUCAGCGACCCCGCCAGCGCAGAGCCGGAUACGCGCACGUCGGAGUCGGUCGACGCGGAGACGGCGUUGCACUUUGCGCGCGUCGAGAUGAUCCGCAGGCCGUUCGUGCCCGCGAUGGAGGACGAGAUGGCUGUGGCGCCGGGCGAUCGUGUGCGCAUGCUGCGGCGGUUCAACGACGGGUGGGCGUAUGCGGAGAAGGUGGGCACGCGCCGGAGGGGGAUCAUCCCCAUUGACUGCCUGCGCACGCCGUCGGAGGACCUGCCGGCCUUCCUUGCGUCGAAACGCCUGAGUAGCUAUCGUGCAGGGAGCGUCUACGCAAAGUCAGAGGAGGAGACUGGAGAGCCGUAUGUCAGAUUCGCCAUCUAG